AUGGUCAAACCUCUAACAUUCAAAGGCGACAAGCCAAAGAAACGCAAGACUCGCACCACAGACAAUGAAGCACCAACCCCCAAAUCGCGCAAAACCGAACCCGAACCAGAGGACAACCCAGAAGACCAAAGCUGGGUCUCCGCCGACUCCCCAAGCGACAUCGCCGGUCCAGUAGUCCUAGUCCUACCCUCAGACGACCCAACCUGCGUCGCGAGCGACGCCAACGGCCAAGUCUUCGCCAGCAAACUCGAGAACCUCGUCGACGGAGACCCAAGCACGGCAGAACCGCACGAUGUGCGACAGGUCUGGGUUGCGUCGCGGGUAGCGGGGACGGAGUCGUUUAGUUUCAAGGGACAUCAUGGGAAAUACCUCUCCUCCGACACACAUGGCCUUUUCACGGCAACCGCCUCAGCAGUCAGCCACUACGAAUCCUUCCUCGCAAUCCCCUCCCCGGAAGUCACAGGAACAUUCUCCCUCCAAACACACGGCGGCGACGGCGAGUCCUUCCUCUCAAUAAAAGAGAGUACCAAAGCCGCAUCCGGCGUUGAGAUCCGCGGCGACGCGAAUACGAUUUCAUUUGAGACGACGGUGCGCGUGCGCAUGCAGGCGAGGUUCAAGCCGAAGUUGCGCGCGUCGAAGGAGAGUAAGGCGUAUGAGAAGAUUAGUAAGAAGGAGCUUGAGGGGAUUGUUGGGAGGGGCCUGGAUGAUGAUGAGGUUAAGAGGUUGAGGAAGGGGAGGAGGGAGGGGAAUUUCCAUGAGGUUUUGCUUGAUGUUAAGGUUAGUGGGAAGCAUGAUAAGUGGGCUUGA